GGGCUCAGUACUGUGCUUGCGUCAUCCCCGUUAACCCUCACACUUGCUUUCUUAGCCCUUUUUACGGAUGAGGAAUCCGAGACUUCUAGGGAUCAUGACAUUCCUGAUCAUUGGCAGAGGGAGGUUGUGAGCUCUGGUGCACGAUCCCACACUGUUUGCGGGAUGACUCCUUGCUUCUACUAACGGGUGUCACCUGGACUGACCUUGCUCUUCGCCAAAUACCCUGCCUUCCUCAUUACCACCCUCUUCACCUGGAGCCAACGCAGCGGUUCCCUGCCUCUGCGUCAGAGACCUACUUCUAGAUUUGCAAACUUCAUGGCCUAUUUUGGCCUUAAUCUCAACGUCCAGCAUCUGGGGAAUAAUGUUUCCCUGUUGCAGACGCUCUUUGGUGCAGUCAUCCUCUUGGCCAAUUGCGUUGCACCUUGGGCACUGAAAUACAUGAACCGUCGAGCAAGCCAGAUGCUUCUCAUGUUCCUCCUGGCAAUCUGCCUUCUGGCCAUCAUACUUGUGCCACAAGAAAUGCAGACGCUGCGUGAGGUUUUGGCAACGCUGGGCUUAGGAGCGUCUUCCCUUGCCAAUACCCUUGCUUUUGCCCAUGGAAAUGAAGUAAUUCCCACCGUAAUCAGGGCAAGAGCUAUGGGAAUCAAUGCAACCUUUGCUAAUAUUGCAGGAGCCCUGGCUCCCCUCAUGAUCAUCGUAAGUGUAUAUUCUCCACCCCUGCCCUGGAUCAUCUAUGGAGUCUUCCCCUUCAUCUCCGGCUUUGCUUUCCUCCUCCUUCCUGAAACCAGGAACAAGCCUCUGUCUGACACCAUCCAGGAUGAGAAAAAUGAGAGAAAAGACUCCAGAGAACCAAAGCAGGAGGGUCCCAGCAUGGAAGUAACACAGUUUUAAGGAAUUCCGGGAGCUGACUGCUGAUCAAUGAGCCAAAUGAAGGGAACAAUCAGGACUGUUCCUAGACACUAGCAAAAUCUAGAAAAUAAAUAACAGGGCUGGGCUCGGUGGCUCACGCCUGUAAUCCCAGCACUUUGGGAGGCUGAGGCGGGCAGAUCACAAGGUCAGGAGAUCGAGACCACCCUGGCCAACA